GCUGGGGAGAGGAAUCGCUCCUGCUUGCUUGUACUGUUUGUUCUCUCUUAUUUUCCCCAUCAAGGGUCCCUCUCUAGGCUGUUUGCCCGCUGCGGGCGUGUCCAGUCUGUGGACGUCUGUGAGAAGCCAGAGCCGGGGGAGAAAAAAGAAAAACUCACGUCCAAAUUCUUCAACCUCAAAACUGUAACGGGAUUUCACAUAGCAUAUGUGGUGUUCAGGAAACCAAGUGGUGUCCAGGCAGCUAAGGCCCUGUCACAGGAAGGUCCCUUGCUGAUAUCAACUGAGAGUCACCCUGUGAAAACCGGCAUUAGCAAGUGGAUUGCCAGCUAUGCAGCCUCAGUCGUGGAUUUGGAGGAGCUGAAGGCUGAGGUGGAUGCCUACAUGCAAGACUAUGACAGAAAAAUGGCAGAGGAAGAAGCCAAAGCAGCCAAGGAGGAGGGCGUUCCGGAUGAGGAGGGCUGGGUGAAGGUAACGCGGAAGGGCCGGAAGCCCGGCCUGCCCCGGACAGAGGCUGCCAACCUGCGGGUCCUGGAGAGGGAGAAGCAGAAAAGGGCCCGCAAAGAGCUGCUCAACUUUUAUGCCUGGCAGCAUCGUGAGACCAAGAGAGAGCACAUUGCCCAGUUGAGGAAGAAAUUUGAGGAGGACAAGCAGAGAAUUGCCCUGAUGCGAGCCCAGCGCAAGUUUCGGCCGUACUAAGCUGUGCUGUGCUAUUCCUCAGAUGACUGUGCUGGAGAGGGCGGGAGAGGUGCCUGUGGACUCCACGUACCAAAGGAUUUCAAAGAAUUGAGGCAGCUUCAUGUUGUCCCUGCUCUUGGAUCUGAAAUGGGAGAUCCCAGCAACUGCUGCUGGAGGAGGAGCUUCCUUCACUCCCACUGGUAUCCUGCUCUCACAGCCAGGCUGUCGUUUGGCCCCGUGACACCACUUC